AUGGGUCAUCAACUUCUUCUAUGUUCUAGCAUUCCUCAUAAGAAAUACGCACAGACUGUUUCUACUCUCGAAGCGCUCACUGGCCUGCAAAAGCCACAAGACAUCGCCACAUACACUAUCAUCACCAAACCCCACAAUGUCUUCAAGCCUAAAGUUGAAGCAGGCAAGGUGAACCAAAUUGAGCAAUACUACAUGAAAUGUACUACCACCUGGGAUGACAAGGCAUCGGCCUCGUUAGACAUGGCCUCGCCAGUUAUUACUGGUCAAUCUGAAGUUAAAGUCGAGCGGCUCUUCACUGGAGAAAAGAAGAAGCAAUGGACUUUUCAUAUAGCGGAUAUUCCCAAUGCCGGCAAAAAUGCUGUUUCUGCCCAAAAUUUCUACGAGAGUACCAUGGUGCAUUACCACACAAGGGGUACAAAGCCAAUUACAUCCUCUGAGAAGAAACCCGAAUCGCAACAAGAAAAUGCGGACGAAAUCGGUGCAAGUGACUCAAUUGCUCAAGAAGGAAAAGCAGAUAAUGAUGACGACCUUAUGGUGGUCGAUGAUCCUGCUGCUGAAAGUCAACCUACGGUAGAAAAGGAAAGUCCUGUCAGCGCGGCAAAUGCAGCAGAACUGAAAGAUUCGUUUCUUCAAUUCCUAGAAGAUCUAGGCUACGAUGUGAUAAAUCAAUACUGGGUGAAGGGAAUACGAUUUUUUCAUGGAGAUAUCGUUAUCGAGAUAUUUAAAGUGUUCAUAAGAGAUGACAGUGAUACAUCCAGAAGCGAAAACGAUACUCGAAUCCCAUUGAAGUUGUUAGAUGAAACAAACACGUUUCAGAUUAAGACGUACAUCACAUACCCGAAAGGCACGAAUGUCGAUACGAUCACAAAGGGAUCUAAGGACCUUACUCACUUGAAAGGAACAUUGAAUAAUCUAUUUGAACUAGAGGUACCGGACCGUAUGUUCUUGGAUUCAAGAGUGUCUAGAACGAUUUGA